AUUUAAUGUAUUCAGAAAAAUUUCUCGAAGAAGUAAGACCACGUUUGGAUUUUUAACCAAUCGCACUCCUUCCGACCAUUUAGUGCGGGAUGAUUGUUUAUCAGUUGUCAUAAGACGACAAAAUGGAUGCUGCUAAAUUAUCGGAGGAAAAGUUAAGGGAAGCUUCGUGCUUCGGAGACGAAGAAGCCGUUAGAAAAUUAAUCGAAAGAGGUGUUAAUAUUAACGCUCAGCACGAAAUUAACGGUUGUGAUGUCUGUUCGGCUAAUUUAGCCAUUACGCCAAAUUAUAUAGCUCACCCUCCAUUAGGCUAUAAGGUGGACAUGUCGGAUGAUUUGGGGCAAAAUAAUCAAAUCGAAAAACCUGAUUUAGUGAACGGAAAGCAUCCUGUUUGUGUAAAUCCGUCGGUCCCCAUUACUGUUGUUGAGAAUGAAGAAUUAGUAUUAAAAGUGAGAUUAGCUAACAGUCAAGAUCCUGAUUUUAUAGAAAUUGAAAUACCUCGUGAUCAGUUAACUUAUAAUUAUUUAUUACAAGUGUGCUGCAUUGAACUCAAUAUCGAUAAAGAACAGAUACUGUAUAUGGAAAGCUGCUUAAUUCAGUCAUCUAAUAUAGAUUCAUAUUCAGUUAGCUUAAAAUACAGUUCUUCUAUCAAUAGUGAUGUCUGUUCGGCUAAUUUAGCCAUUACGCCAAAUUAUAUAGCUCACCCUCCAUUAGGCUAUAAGGUGGACAUGUCGGAUGAUUUGGGGCAAAAUAAUCAAAUCGAAAAACCUGAUUUAGUGAACGGAAAGCAUCCUGUUUGUGUAAAUCCGUCGGUCCCCAUUACUGUUGUUGAGAAUGAAGAAUUAGUAUUAAAAGUGAGAUUAGCUAACAGUCAAGAUCCUGAUUUUAUAGAAAUUGAAAUACCUCGUGAUCAGUUAACUUAUAAUUAUUUAUUACAAGUGUGCUGCAUUGAACUCAAUAUCGAUAAAGAACAGGCUGGUGCAAUGGGUGCACAGGCACAGGAUCAGGACAAAGGUUCUUCUAUCAAUAGUGAUGUCUGUUCGGCUAAUUUAGCCAUUACGCCAAAUUAUAUAGCUCACCCUCCAUUAGGCUAUAAGGUGGACAUGUCGGAUGAUUUGGGGCAAAAUAAUCAAAUCGAAAAACCUGAUUUAGUGAACGGAAAGCAUCCUGUUUGUGUAAAUCCGUCGGUCCCCAUUACUGUUGUUGAGAAUGAAGAAUUAGUAUUAAAAGUGAGAUUAGCUAACAGUCAAGAUCCUGAUUUUAUAGAAAUUGAAAUACCUCGUGAUCAGUUAACUUAUAAUUAUUUAUUACAAGUGUGCUGCAUUGAACUCAAUAUCGAUAAAGAACAGGUAUCUAGGAUAAGAAAGUUGCCAAAUACUGUGUUAAGAAAAGAUAAAGAUAUACAAAGACUGAAAAAUUUUCAGGAAUUGGAAGUAGUAUUAACUGUGGCUGCAACUACUACAUCUACGCAAACCAAGACUGUGAAUAUUUCUACGACGAAAGAGUCCGAAUCAUCUCCUAUCCGAAAUAAAACUUUUUUGAAAAACUCGUCUGCUCCUCCUCCUCCAGGAUAUCUUACGGUUAGCAAUAGUCCAGUAACUGCAACAAAAAACGUGUUUGAAAAAUCAACAUUUUGUAAAAAUGGUACUAUAUUAUAUUAAGUAAUACUAACAAAUCUAACAAUGUUAAAUUAAAGAAAAAAAAAUGUAAAUUAUCAUCAAAUACUAUUUAAGAUUGAUAAAUGAAAAAAAUAUUUGUCACUUUGUAUGUGAAAAUAAUUUUUUUGCAAUAAUUUGAUUGGAAAGAAUUGUGGAAACAAUUCUUUUCCACAUUAAUUUUCAGAAGCAUGUUUAUAAAAUAAUUCUUAGUCAUUUUAUAAUACAGAAUUGCAUUUUUAUUUAACUCGGCGCAACUAAUUAGUAGAAAAGCAUGCCUUAUUACUUAAACAUAUGCAAGUAGUCCUGCCACAUUUAUGUAUAUAGAAUAUAAAUAUUUUGAUUUUGCAUGUGUUUUGUAUAAAUUAGAACAGGUCAUUUAGAAGAACAGGUUGUCUAAUUUUUGAAACAUUUUAUAGAAAAUCAAACCUGACAGUUUGAUAUGCCAUUAAACUCUAUGGGAAAA